AAGCAGCUGAGCACACGAAAGGAAAAGUGGAAGAGCGAGCUGAAGUGAAUGAAAGAAGAAUCCAUUGACUUAAAGAAUAACUGCCCACUGCUUCAAGCUUCAUCAGAAAGCAACUUGAAGGACCUUCUUAUCUGCAAUAGAUAAUAAUUUCUAAAUCUACAAAAGAAGAAAAUGACGAGCAGCAGAGUCCUUGUAGGCACUAUUGUCGUGCUCCUGGCCUUCCUGGCCGCCACUGAAGGGAUGAGUCUGAGGAGACUGAGGAGUCUGGGAGUGGAGAUGCACUGCCGCUGCAUCCAGACGGAGAGCCAACCCAUCGGCCGCCACAUCGAGAAGGUGGAGCUGAUUCCUGCCAACUCGCACUGUGAGCAGAUGGAGAUCAUUGCCACGCUGAAAAAGAACCGCGAGGAGGUCUGCCUGGACCCAGAAGCUCACUGGGUGAAGAGAGUCAUCCAGAAGAUCAUGUCCAGCAAAAGACGUUGAAGUAACGCGAAAUCUGAGCUUCACGAAUGAAAUGUUUAUCAACAGAGAGCACCAAAAUGUAUUUCUUUUUAAACAACAGGGGUCAUCACACUUCAAUUCCACUAGUCUGCUGUCCUGAUCGACUUGAAAAUGAUAACAGGAUUGACUUACUCAGGUUGUUUGUAUCAAACAGAUUAUUUAUUAAGAAAUCAUGUCUGUUUCUAUGUCAAGUGUUGUAAGCAGUAACUCCGAUAUGGACUGGGCUUCUCUUUUGGUUAAAAACUAUAUAUUUGUUCUCUUGUUUUGUUGAUUCACAUAUUUAUUUAUGUAUUUAUAAAAAUAUAUUUAUAAAGAUAUAUUUAUCCACAUUCA